AUGGACCCGUGCGAAGAGCUGACAGACACAAGGCCGCACGUCGAGGCCGCGGGCGGUGGCGGCGGCGGCGGCGCCGGUGCCGGUUACGGCGGUGGGCCGCAGGAACGCGUGCACCAGGCCCCGCGACCGGCCCAAUCCGAAAAGUGUCCCUAUGAAACAUACCAGGCACAAAUCCCGGACUGCUGCGCGGCCGCGGUAGCGGCGCAGGACCCGUAUCCACGGCCGCCCAGCGGCUAUGACGGCAGGUGCUACGACGAGUGCCAUCGCAGGACACCGUACCAGGAGGAAUCCUAUACUCAGGACGUAUCCUCGACAUUCCAUCGGCCUCAGUCUAGACUGGGCUAUGAGGAACGUCCUCAGUCCCGGGUGGGAUACGCCUCGGAUUCCAGGUGCGCCAGCGGGCUCGGAUAUGACGACACCGGUGGGGGUUACCUGGAUCAGAGUGACCCGAGGAUGUAUUGCACCGGCGGCUAUUGCAUGGGGGACACGAUGAUGGCGACGAGCAGAGGUGUGUGCGGCGAGGAGGUCGAACUCGAUAUGCGGAGGCACAUUCAGGCUUGCGCCUGUACAUGCAACCACAUGGGCUACGGGAAUUACAUGGACUAUCAGACCACGUGCCUAACAGAACUGCCAGACGUGGCGCCGUGUAACGGCACCGUGCGACUGCCGCCGCCGUGCGAGGACUCGCCCAGCAGCGGCAGCAGCAAGGAUCGCAGAGACGAGAGUCCUCGCAGGAGGUGUCGGCUAUUAGCGCCUGUCUUGCUCCUAGUAGCCGUCCUGCUCCUCGGAGGCCUCUGUCUGCCGUUUCUCCUUCAAUCCGCGCCUGCCACGCACCAGCAGAGGCUGGACGUGAUCAGGAGGAUCCUCACUGAAGUGCCUCUGAUCGACGGGCACAACGAUUUGCCCUGGAACGUCAGAAAGUUCGUACACAAUCAACUUGGCGAGGUCAACCUGAGCAGCGACCUCGGCAGGGUCGACCCUUGGGCCAGAUCAGACUGGAGUCACACGGACAUCCCUAGAUUACGCGCUGGCCUCGUCGGUGCACAGUUUUGGUCCGCCUACGUUCCUUGCGGUGCCGCUCAGUUAAACGCAGUUCAACUAUCGUUGGAACAGAUCGAUGUAAUUCGUCGACUCGCCGAAAUGAAUGCUCAACACUUAACCCUGGUUACCUCCGUCAAAGGUCUCAUCGAGGCGCAUAGAGAAGGCAAAAUCGCAAGUCUAAUCGGAGUGGAAGGCGGUCAUUCCCUAGGGAACUCUUUGGGUGUUCUCAGGACGUUUUAUGGUCUGGGGGCGCGAUAUCUUACUCUGACACAUGCGUGCGACACUUCCUGGGCAGUCUGUUCUGUUGGCGAGACGAACAACACUCAGGACUCCACGCCGGGCCUCAGCGAAUUUGGGAAAGCAGUUGUCAGGGAAUUGAACAGGUUGGGCAUGCUGGUCGACCUCUCGCAUGUCUCAACAAGAACGAUGAGGGCGGCCCUGCAGACGACGAGGGCGCCGGUGAUCUUCUCGCACAGCGCUGCCAGGGCGCUAUGCAAUUCUACUAGAAACGUGCCGGACGACGUGCUCAGAAAUCUGGCAAAGAAUGGCGGAGUGGCGAUGGUCCCUUUUUAUACCUACUUCAUAACAUGCAACAGCACCGCUACCAUAAAAGACGUUAUUGCGCACAUCAAUCAUAUUCGAAAGGUGGCGGGGAUCGAUCACGUCGGGAUCGGAGCGGGUUUCGACGGGAUAAAUUUCACUCCCACGGGCUUAGAGGAUGUUUCGAGGUAUCCGCAAUUGUUGGCUACCCUACUAGAGGAUCCUACGUGGACAGAGGAGGACAUCAAGAAACUAGCCGGCCUCAAUUUACUGAGGGUAUUCGCAAAAGUUGAGCAGGUACGCGACGAGUGGCACAGAGCGGCGGUGUUACCUGUGGAAAAGAUCAGUCCACCGGACAGCUCGGCCUGCGUCUACGGCGCGUCUUGAUCCUCUUUGAGGACACUCGUGCCAAGAUUCCCCGAUUUUGCGCGAUCGCCGAAGAUCCUACGGGUAUCGCAAUAUUACUGGAGCCUGUGAAAACGCGUGCCCCGAAUCGCCAAAGGAUCAUUUUGCAAAAGGCUCCACGGAUAUCUCCAACGGAAAUGACCAACCAAUCCACACCGAAAGAACUGCCGAUUACUUCUACUUCAGGAACUAUGUCGCGCCUUAACGACAGACGAAGAUUCAGCACGGGAAUGCGAACGGUCCUUUCGAAACUUAAUAGCGUCGAGGAUCCUUCGGAAACACCUUUGCGACAAGUCCGUUUGUCUACGACACCGCUUGCAAGAAAAUCUUAGGAUCGACGCUGUUUGCGAUAACAAAUUGUUUCAGACACAAUUAUUCUCCUCUCAUAAACGUCACUUAAUUUUGUAAUACAAGAAUUAGCAAUGUCACAACGUUAAAGAAAGAUUAACGACAGUUUCUAACAUUUUUUUCCUUGCAAAUUAUUCGGCAUAAUUUUACGAUCAUUUGUCAGACAUUUCCGUCCAGACUUUGAACUUAACAUAUCUAAAUACUUAAUCAUUAUUUUGCAAUUCGCAUUACGAGCAGUAUACCAGCACACGUUUUAGAUACGUCGUGUGCACGCCGAAUAUUCUAACUUAAAUAAGUGAUAAUCAGAAAACACGAAAGUUUGAAAGUAUCGCAGCUUCAUAAUUUUUAUUUUAUAAGCUGCAAUUUUCGAUCCGUCAAAAUAAAUUCACAAAGAUGCAUUAUUCAAAUUGUUUGGUUAAUCGCAAAGAUUGGAAGGAUCCUCGAAAAAGACUUUCUACGAAAAGAUAAAGACUCACGUUGUCAGCGCACAUUUAAUACCAACUUUGGCCGUCUGAUUCUCAUAUCAUGUUUAAUAUCGAUACGAAAUUCAUAUGUUAAAUUAAUAAAAUACAGAACCAGACAGUCACAUUUAGCGUUAAAUGUGCAAGACUAUGGACAGAUUGUACGUGACAAAUAUAGGUGAUUAAUCCUACACAAUUUCUCGCGUUUUAAACAAAUUAAUGAAUUAAAACGAAAGCCGAAAUACACGUUCGAAUGCAGCACAAUUAUCAUCUCAGGCACUUACACUUAUACCGUUCUUUAUACUUCGAUUGGAGAACGAACGUAAACAUCACUGUCAUACACCAAUCAAAGAGAAUAGCUAAGUUUUUAUCAUUUUUAGAUAAAUUAAUAAUACUAUUGUAUUUAAAAGAAACCGUUCCGGAUAUUUGGACUCAUUCUCAUCUCACAAAAAUCGCAAUCAUUAUAGUGUAAAAUUCAAAUUAAGUAUUUGUACUACCUACGUUUUCUAUACAAACAAACUUAUUUUCAUUCAUGCUUAUACAUUUCU